CCCACCCUGUCUUCUUUAACUGCUGUACCAACCAAAUGCUAACCCGCCUCCCGCUUAGCGUCAUCAUGGCCACCGGACUGAUCGCCCUCGUCGACGACUGCAUCAAGGAGAGAUGGCAGACCAAGAAGGCUCACCGCAUUCCCAUGCCAUCCCCCCUCAAGUCCGUCAACCUCGAUGCCGUGAGCCCCAAGGCCCUCAUGCAACACGUAUUUGGCCGCCGGUAUUCGAACGACCACCAGCGCCCCACGACUCCGUCGAGCCCUCUGCGGUUCACCAGUUUCGCCGCUGCCCGCUAGAGGAAUCGCGCCAUGUCUUGGCUGUUCCCUCCGAUAUACGGCGUCCGGCAACAAUGAGUCAAGAUGUUGUUGUUGGCCUAGCAACGGUCCACACCUGCACGCCCCCCUCAACCCGUGCCGCGUUUGUUGCUGCCCGGUCGUGAGCCCGCCUCCCCGGAACACAUACCCUGGUGCCGCCGCUUUGGAGCUGUUUUGCAUUUGCGCAAGACUGGCGCUCAUCGACCAGGAUAUCUUGGCUCCCCAUGCCCUGUGCUUGGAUGUUUCCGGUCGUUGCCUUCUCUCAUGUUUUCCCUUUCUUUUCCUAUUUCCUCCCGCCGUAUAUUUGGAGCGACACAUGCAUUCCGCUUCAACUCGAUACUGUAUUAAAUGACUGAUUUUCUUUAUUUUUUCUCAUCUUUUAUCAUCAUCAUCAUAUGAUCGUUGGCAUAUGGGAUACGGCGUUACAACUCACAUAUUUGGAAACAAAAGAAUUGCAUGACGAUUGGGCACUUCUUUGGGGUUUGGUUUAUUGGAUGCUCAGGUAAGG